GUUUUAGUCAUUAGAUUAAAGCGCAUGCAACUGGUUACAGAUAAUAUCUAAAAUUUCAUUAGUUAUGUGUCGUUUAUUCAAGUUGUUAUUUAUCUUAUUGAACUUAUUUUCCUAUGGACAAUGCCUACACUGUCCUCAAACUCCUAAAGGUUGGAUAGGAUUCAAGACGGAGACGAAAUGCUAUAAAGUAUCAAAUUUAGAGGAGUCUGGUAUUGAAAAUGCUAUGAAAAAAUGUCAAGAAACAUUCGAUAAUGGAGAUUUAGCUGAUUUGCAAUUCGAAGAUUAUGCAACAUUUUUCCCAAAACUUUCUCAGAUUACAAAGGAGAAUUUAAUAUUAAAGACUACGUUUUUGCAUAAUUUGCCAGCUAGUCUUUUCUAUAUUAAUUUUAAAAAGGAAUUUGAUCAUUAUCCAAUAAUCUUUUGGAUUAAUAAUCAACCCCUUUCAAUACCAACUGAAUAUAUUGACAACAGUAUUAGAGGCACAGAUCUUCAUUUGAUAGUGAAUGAGGCUCAUGGAAUGUUUAAGAUAAACAGAGAAUUUGAAAAUGUUAAGAACGUUUUAUGUCAAGUUCCGGCAAUCCUUAAAUGUCCAAAAGUUCCGGCUGAUAGUUAUUCUUUUAAAACAAACAGAAAAUGCUAUAUUGUAAAGCGUUUAAACAAUUCUGAAAGAUCAGUAGAGGGAGCCAGACAAGCGUGUUCAUCAACAGGAAAAUUCAAAUUGGCAAAUCUAGAAACUGAAACUGAAUUACAUUCAAAAUUUAUACCGUUUGUUGAAUCGCUACCUUUAAAAGUUGAGAGAGAAAUUACGAAUAUUCUACCAACUAGUACUGUUGGCUUCUAUUUUGAAUAUAUUAAAGAGGCGAGAGGAACUUAUUACUAUCCAAAUGGAGAAGUAAUACCAUCAAUUGAAACUCAACAAGAUGAAGGACGGUCAGAACUUGCAUUGUUUUCCCAUAUAAUGGAUAAUACUUAUGUAUUUGGAUACGGAUAUUAUUCAGACGAAAUUACAGCAGCUAUCUGUGAAUAUAGAGAACCUCACUUAAUUAUCGAUCGUUAUAUGCGUCAUUUUGUUGAGAAUGAGGAUAAAUAUAUCUGUUAUGAUCUAUCAGGAAAUGCAAAUGAUCGUUAUAUACUGUUUAAAGAUUCUUUAUCAAAAACAGUAAUAAUUGGACAACUACAAGACGAUUGUCAUUUUGGUAAAAUAUUUAUAAUUACUCCAAUGUCGAAUCUGACUCUAAGCUCAAAUGAUAAAUGGUCUAUUGGCGAUGUUAUAAACACAAAGAUAAUACAUGUUGUUGUCCUUAAUCAAAAAAAAUUAAGAUUUAUUAUUAAAACUCCAUCGCCAACUGUAUUUACUAUUGAAAUAAGAAAAAGUGACGAAAAGAAAUAUUUGGAUAUCACCGUUAAUCAAAUAAAUAAGGAAACAUCAUCGGGAAUUUUUGGCGAUAUUCAUAAAAAGAAUUUUGUAUUCUCCGGAGAUGAAAUUGACGAUUCAACAAGUACUUUGAACGUUGAAGGAAAAUUGUUUGAGGCAAAAAUUGUAGUUGUUUGGUGUUUAGAUUGUCCAGAUUUACCCGAUGGAUGGUAUUCUGUAAAAACGGAAGCCAAGUGUUAUGGUUUCCGUUUUCUUCGAAUUGACGAAAGAAACUAUACAAUCGCUCAACGAAUAUGUUUAGAUGAAUUGAUAGAAGGACAUAUAGCCGAUCUUGAAUUUGAGAAUAUCGACGAACUUGGUUAUACGUUAAUUGAUUCUUUAGAUGAAAAUUCGAAUGUUCCUCGAGAAACUGUAAUUAAUGGCAUUCCAGUUCAUGGUUUCUUUAUAGGUUAUCAAACUUUAUUAGAGGAUGGAAAUAUUAACUAUCUUUGGCUAAGUGGAAGACUUGUUAAGGAUCAGGUCAAAAUUCAAGGUCCAAAAGACAAAGAGGAAAGUGGACAGAAAAUAUGGGCUCAUCUAGCUAUAGAAAUACGAUCGGCGACCUUUUAUAGCGGACAACCGGAAAUAAAUGUCGGAAGUGUUCUUUGUCAAGUUCCAUCAACAAUAAAAUGUCCGAAUGUACCGAAAAAUUGGCUAGGUUUCAAAACAAAUCGAAAAUGUUAUAUUUAUCGUCCUCUGGAAGUUGAGGAGAGGUCAUUUGAGAAUUCAAAAGCUAUUUGUGAGGGAAUUGGAGGAAUGAAAAUGGCGAAAUUAUUUGGAGAGACGGAGCUUCUUUUAAGAUUUGUUCCGAAAGUAAACGAAAAUUCAAAUUUGUUUGAUAAGACAGUACUCUACAAUGGAAUUUUAUAUCCCGGAUUCUAUUUUGACGAUGAGCAGGCUAUCAGUGAAGGAAAUCAUUUUGGCAUUGUUGUUACAGAAGAUACGUUUGACUUAUAUUUACCGGAAAAGACUACUAGAAUGACGGGCGUCGUUUGCGAUAUAGAAUCAAGUUCGGGUAAACAAGAUCCCCAUAUGCGUCAUUUUAUUCAGAGAUACGGAAAGUAUAUUUGCUACGACCUUAUUGGUGAAGGUCAUCAAAAAUUCAUUUUGUAUAAAGAUCUACCGACGAAUAUUAUCAUUGCUGGCCAAUUGAGAGACGAUUACUAUUUUGGAAAUAUAAUCGUACAGAGUUCUUUAUUCAAUUAUACAAUUAGAGCUGAUCAUCUGUGGAAUAUUCGAAGAGAAAUUUAUCAUGAUAGACAAUUAAGUAUACAAAUAGAAAAUUUAGAAGAGAUAAUUAUUAUCAUUAACGAAAUACAUCCAAGUGAAUUUGUAAUUAAAAAACAUAGAAAUAGUAUUGGUUCAAAUUACUUAAAUGUUCAAGUUAUACAAAUGAACAAUGUAGAGAGAUCUGGUGGAAUAUUUGGUGAUCUUGCAAAGAAGAAAAUUUCAUUUUAUGAAAAUAUUCAAGAGAAUUUAAAAGGUGCCAUUGAUAUUGAAGGAAAGAUAUUUGAUGCUACAAUAACUGAAAGAGAAAAUUCUAUAUGUUGGCUAAUAUCUGCUAAAGCCGCACUUUACCCUAAAGAAAAAAGAGAUUAUCUAUUAGAUUAA